CAUUUAGAUUUUGCUAUAUUUGUGGUCACGGUACUAAUUUUUCAGCACUUUCAACUUAAGAUGAUCCAAGGGCCUAUCGACCGGGUGGGCCUAAUGAGAAGAAAACCAAUUGCUCCUCCGGAUUAAGGCCGACGCUGUAACGGUGGAUAGCGAAAAAAACCUCAGCCCUCCUCCCUCGCCACUAGGGUUUAAGCGCAGCUCGAGCAGGCGGCCGGCGACGCAGACGCACACCUAGUUUCCGGCCAUGUCGGCGGCGGCGGGCACUGCGGGGACUUACUCUCCGGCUGCGGAGGCCGGGGGCAAGCGGCGGGAGAGGAAGGAGGAGCUGCGGCGCCACCUCGCCGAGGACGCCGACUGGCCCCGGGCCGACGGCCGCUCCUUCCACGACUGCCGCCCUGCUUUUAUGCAAACAGGACCAACUACCGCUGCAUCAGGGUCUGCUUACGCAGAAUUUGGGAAGACGAAGGUCAUUGUGUCAGUGUUUGGCCCAAGGGAGAGCAAGAAAGCAAUGCUGUACAGUGACACUGGUAGGCUCAAUUGCAAUGUUAGCUAUACAACAUUUGCAACUGGUAUACGUGGGCAGGGAUUGGACAACAAAGAGUACUCAGAAAUGCUUCAUAAAGCCCUGGAAGGCGCAGUAAUGCUGGAUACUUUUCCGAAGACAACUGUUGAUGUUUUUGCGUUGGUUCUUGAGUCUGGCGGCAGUGAUCUUCCCAUCAUCAUAUCUUGCGCUAGUCUUGCAUUGGCAGAUGCAGGAAUCAUGAUGUAUGACCUUGUUACAUCAGUAUCUGUGUCCUGUUUAGGGAAGAACGUUAUCAUAGAUCCCACCUCGGACGAGGAGGCAUGGCAAGAUGGAGGUCUUUUGGUAUCUUACAUGCCGACCCGCAAGGAGAUUACACAACUUACUCUGACAGGGGAGUGGUCUGAUGGCAAAAUCACCAAUGCAGUAGAGCUCUGUAUGGAUGCUUGCAGUAAGCUCUGUGAGAUAUUGCGGGAGCGCUUGAAAGAUUCUACAAGCUUGGCUAGUGAAUGACAUUUGAGCCGUUUCGUGUUCUCAGAAUUGCAACUGAUAUCCUCAGCUGUACAAAUUUUGUAGGCAAGGGUGGCCAAUCCUGAUGCUUGUGGCAGCACAUUGACAUGGUUUUGGUUAUCAUUAUCGUUCUUCUAGCAAAAGAUUGAAUUGUGAAGCAGAGAGAAAAUACCUGUUAGCGUGUAUGCCCUGGGAUUUUUCGGCACUUUGUAUCCUCCUGUGUAUCGUUUUACUAUGUCAAAGCUGUUGCCCUGUAUUCUGUGGGCUGGCAUGCCAGAAAAUUCUGUGAUGCCGCUGCCCUUUGUGUCGUAGUUAUUCUGCUGGUAAGAACAGCUUGUGUUUACCACUUUACCUUCUGACUGGAGUAGGCUUUCUUUUCAGCUAGAAUGCUAUUUCUGAGAGAACAGUUUCUACAAGAAUAGUGCUGUCAUACGGUGCGAUACGCUUGUAGGUGAGGAUUGAAAUGUUUCUCACAGUUCCUCUAUGAACCCUCAA